AUGAGGAAAUUGAAGUAUCAUGAGCAGCGGCUGCUGCGGAAGGUGAAUUUCCUGCAAUGGAAGACCGAGAACAACGACAGAGAGCUGGAGGUCAUGCGAAGAUACCACAUCACCGAACGCGACGAUUACUCCAAGUACAACCAGCUAUGCGUGCGGUACAACCGGCUGUGCGGUAAAAUCACGAAGCUGGCAACGCUGCUCAAGAAACUGGAUCCCUCCGACGCAUUCCGCAUCGAAAUGACCGACCAGCUGCUCAACAAACUCUACAACAUGGGAGUCAUUCCCACAACGAAAAGCCUCAACCUUUGUGAUAAGCUCUCCGUCUCCUCGUUUUGCAGACGAAGGCUAGCAGUGGUGAUGGUGCGACUCAAGAUGGCAGAACACAUGAGAGAAGCAGUUUCGUUCGUGCAACAGGCUAGCAGUGGUGAUGGUGCAAAUCAGGAUCGCGGAACACAUAAGAGGAGCAGUUUCGUUCGUGCAGCAGGUGGGAAAGAUGUGUUUCUCUGGGUCUACAAGGGUAUGCCGGGGUGUACAGGGGUGUGCAGGCUAGCAGUGGUGAUGGUGCAAAUCAGGAUCGCGGAACACAUAAGAGAAGCAGUUUCGUUCGUGCAGCAGGUGGGGAGGGGUUGGGUGUGGCUGAGCAGGUCUGUUCAGGGCCAUGUGCGCAUCGGCCCAGAAGCCGAGAGGGACCCGGCGUUUCUGGGCCAUGUGCGCAUUGGUCCGGAAGCUGUGAGGGACCCGGCGUUUCUGGUGACAAGAGCAAUGGAGGACAUGCUGACAUGGGUGGACACGAGCAAGAUCAAGCACAAGCUUCGGCGAUCCGACCGGCUGCUGGCCGUCCGAUCCGCCGCUUGCAUCUUCCUCCAAAUCCCCUUGCCUUCCGGCAUCUCCCCCGCGGCGCCCGCAGUUCCACCCCAUUCUCUCCACGCCCUUCACCGGGUCGUACGCGAACUUUGCCACGUGGAAGGCAGCGGGCAGGCCAGAUUGAUCCAAUCCCGUCCCGUCCAAUGGGGUGUCGACAGGUGUCGCCCUAUUCCGACACCCCCCUCCUCCGCGUUUGCGCCAUUCCGCCGUUUGAUCCCUGAUCCGCGUGCGCCUGCGGGUAGCAAGCGCAGUUUUUCCGCCGCCACAUCUCCCCCGAUCCCGCCGAACUCCGCUCCGAGCGUUGGCGGAAGCAUUGGCGGAAGUACUGGCGGAGCGGGCGGGCGGAAGGGCGGGCGGGGAUUGGUGGGCGUGAUCACGGCUGCCGCCAUAGCGGGCGCGGCGGGAGGAGCGUAUUAUUGUGUCCACGUGGCAGAACAGGAUUCGCUGGCAGCGGCGGUGCGAGAGAGGGAGAGGGAGGGGGAGGUGGAGCGGGAACGGAUUGAGCAGCAGAGGGAGGAGAUGGGGAGGGAGUUGGAGGAAUGGAAGGAGGGGGAGGCGAGGAGACAGCAAGAGGAAGAAGAGGAGAUGGAGGCCAUAUCCGCCCUGCAAGCAGUGCUGCAGCAGCAGCUGGUGGCAGUGGCAGCAGCAGACGCAGGUUCAACCCAUUUACCCCUCUUCUCCUCCACUGCUUUGCUUCUACCCGUCUCUUCCUCUCCAUCCGCCCGUCCCUCCCUCCAGGCCAUAUCCACCCUGCAAGCAGUGCUGCAGCAGCAGCUGGUGGCAGUGGCAGCAGCAGACGCAGGUUCAACCCAUUUACCCCUCUUCUCCUCCACUGCUUUGCUUCUACCCGUCUCUUCCUCUCCAUCCGCCCGUCCCUCCCUCCAGGCCAUAUCCACCCUGCAAGCAGUGCUGCAGCAGCAGCUGGCGGCAGCGACAGCAGCAGACGCAGGUUCAACCCCUUUACCCCUCUUCUCCUCCACUCCUUUGCUUCUACCCGUCUCUUCCUCUCCAUCCGCCCGUCCCUCCCUCCAGGCCAUAUCCACCCUGCAAGCAGUGCUGCUGCAGCAACUGGCGGCAGCGACAGCAGCAGAGACAGAGGCGAAGGAAGCAGCAGAGGCACAUGGGGAGCAGACAGAGCUACUGAAAGUGGAGAUCUCUGCUCUGAAGGAUGUUUUCUUCCAUCGAUCUCAGGAGGACAGGCUGUCCUGGCAUGCGCACCGAGUCGCUCUGAUCUCUGCUCUGAGGGGUGUCUUUUUCGAACCAGCACAGGAGGAAAGGCUGUCCUGGCAUGUGCACAGAGUGGCUUUGGACCCUCUCGUCUCAUCCCUCCUGCCACGUGGCGACGACCCAUUGGUCGCUGCGAUCGCAGCCACCCUGCCCAAAUCCGCGCUGGCCAAUGGCGUGCUGACACGUCAGCAGCUGCAGGAAAGGCUGGAGGGGAUGAGGGCGAGGGUGUGCCAGCUGGCGAUGCUGCCGCCGGCCAAUGGGGGGGAGAGGGAGGACGUGGGAGGGGAAUCGGGAGGAGGAAAAGGAGGGAGAGGAGGAGGGGAGUUGGUUGAGCCAGGCCUAUUGUCGCAGGCGGUGGCAGCAGUUGCAGUCGCUCUAAAGUUCCCAGUUCCAACCACACCAGGGGAAGCACCGAGCCCUGAGCAAGCACUAUCAGAGGCAACCACUCUGUUGGUGGAGGGGCGAUUGGAGGAGGCAGCAGGGGCGAUGGAGAGGGGGGUGAAGGGGACACGGGCGGAGGGAGUGGUGAGGCAGUGGGGGGAGGAGGUGAGGGGAAGGGCGGCAGUGGAGCAGGCGGUUAGGGUGAUGCAGGCGCAUGCAGGGUGCAUGGCAGCAGAGCUUCGUAGCUCAGGGAAGUUUGAGAGCAGGAGAGGAGGUGAGGGAAGGGCGGCAGUGGAGCAGGCGGUCAGGGUGAUGCAGGCGCAUGCAGGGUGCAUGGCAGCAGAGCUUCGUAGUGCGGUUGUGAGUGGUGCGGUUGGAGGGAGUGGUGACGCAGUGGGGGGAGGAGGUGAGGGGAAGGGCAGCAGUGGAACAGGCAGUGAAGGUGAUGCAGGCGCAUGCAGGGUGCAUGGCAGCAGAGCUUCGUAG